ACAUAAUUCAUGUGGAAAUUCACCAGAGAGUAUUGCUACAGAGUUCACUGAUGCAGCCAGAAAAUGGGAUGCUUAUUGGGUGGUUUUCCUGCCCAACUCACGAUUGCAAUAAUGAGUGGGACAGACAUUGGAUAGCUGACAUCUAUUUCAGGGAGAAGAUAAAUAUUGAAAAUCCACACUUCGAUGCCCACCUCAACGGGACUUUACUUAUCAAGGAAGUUCUCCCCAUGUAUGAUGGAAGAUACUUCAUCGUGCGAGUGCAGACAGAUACUGGAGCUGAGCCAAACAUUUACCAUCUUAAAGUAGUACAAGAGCGCCCAGUUCUGACACUGGUCAGUCAGCAAAAUAUCUAUGUCUUUGAAGGGAUGGAUGUUUGGAUGGAAGCUCAGGUGAAGGCCUACCCCUAUCCAUGGGUUUCUCUAAGUCGUGUCUUGGAGUCAAAUGAAAGUGUCAUACAGGAGACAUCCAACGUCAGUUCUCAAAUAGUAAUGAAGAUUCCAAGCAUCACUAAAGCCCACAGUGGUGACCAUGUCCUAUACACAGAGAAUACUGUUGGAAAUGAUACUGUCACUGUGAGGGUUAAUGUGGAAGGCAUCCCAGGCCGUUUAUCCUCACCACCGCCAGAUACCCCAACUUCUUUGUCUUCAUCUGGUCCAGGUUAUAUCCCAACCUCGGAGGCUCCUAACCUUAUAGACCCUCCUCCCUUAGAUGGAGGCAGCAAACACAUGAAGGUUACGACAGCACUUGCGAUAAUAAUUCCUCUAGCGUUGAUAUGCAUAGGAUUAUUGUUAAAAAUAAUUUGUUGCAAAACUUGUAACUGUCACCUAAAUCGAAGCCAGCUGUAUAAUUUUAAAGACCGCAACAUAGCAGGUACUCGUAGUUGCAAGAGCGAUACUGAGGCAUCCGCGAAUAGCGUUAGAUAUGUUAACAAUUCAACAGCAGGUCAUGCCUGUUCACUGUAGAGUGCUCAUGGAAUUUAACCGUAGUUUUGUUAUUGGUUAUAUUUGUUGCUCUAUAACGGUACUUGGUAUGGAUUGUUUCCAUUAAUUUUUUUUUUAUUUUGACCCUGUAAACUGAUGUAUCAGUGACACAUUUCUUUUCAAGUUAGAAAAAAAAGUGUAUGAUGUUAGUACGUUACAAGCUGUAAAACUGCGAUAUUUUUUAAAAGAUGUUGUUUAAUUUUUUUUAUAUUUAUUUCCUGGUAUUAUCGAAAUGUAAGCUGUUUUUUUUAAAGCCAUAUUUUAUCUGUAAAUAGUUUUUUUUUCUUUGUAACUUGAUAUUUUAAUAUUCAUGUAUGGCGGAAGAGCCCCCAAAGGGGCGCUGUGCAUUAAAGUUUGUAUGUAUGUAUGUAUGUCAUGUCUACUUACCUUUUCUAUACAUUCCUUAUAUCUAAAGCGUAUUUUAUACCCUAGAGCAGCAUUUUCCGCUGUACGUGUGCGAUACUUAAGAAAGGUUUUCGCCACAAAAGAUAUUUUAAAGCAGGUCAAUUUAUUGAAAUAUAAACGAAGGCAGUCAAGGCUAUUUGAACGCCAUAAUAAUCAGUGUGAAUUUCGUGAAAGCCGUCUCAUUGGGGCGAUGAUAUGGACAUCGGUUACAUUACGUCAUUUGUGAUUGUAAGAAAAAUUUUUAUGGCCAACUCUAUUUAUUAUACAAACUAAGGUGUAAUACUAGGAUUUCCAGCCCUGAGAAAAGCCGUGACAACACAGGUGAAAAAAUAUCGUAUUUUCUCACGUGUGUUUGAUAUCGCCAAUCAGCUGCUGACAUGUUGCUCGCCUUUCGCGCCAAUCGGUCAGUUUGAUUAAUGAAGGGCAAAGCUUUCACCAUUCUCAAUCCAAGGUCGUUUGUCGGAACUUUUUCGGAUUAUGGCUGUUGAAACGCUGAAAAAAAUCCGUGUCGCUUAUAGACAGUGACGAUCAGAAUUUCCUAAAAGGGGAAGAAAACCAAAAUACGCAAAGAAAAAACUGAAAGUUACGAAUUCAGUGGCUUUGGUGAUGGCAUUUCUCCCGGCCGUGAAGGAAACUCGACGAAUGGAAGACUUGCCGCAGGCAGAUUUUAGCGAUGUGCUUGAAAGAUGUCUUCUGUUGGUAAGGCCAAGUCAAUGAUUGAGAAUUUUGUGUAUUGAAAAUUACGCCCACUGUUUGUCUUUGUAAUGUUACUACUGUUUCUACCGUUCCUACUGUAAUAAAGAGAUUACUGCGUUUCCGAAGGAAAACACCGUUUUGAAAUUUCGCCAGCCUAACGUGAUCGGGCCAAAGUCUCGUGCAAACAUUACCCCUGUUAACCAAUCAUACGAAUACAUGCAAAGACCUUGUCAGCUUGCUGUAUGAAGAUAACUAUGACACGAAUAGGUCAAUAGAACCACAACUAUGUGACACACACGUGUCUUUAUCAUCUCUCUAAAAUAAACAUAUAAAAAGAAAGAUUUAUAGAUAGGAUUCAUAUACAUGUGAGAUUUGUUCUUGAGAAGAACAUUUUCCGAUCUUUUAUUCCGUAUAAUAGUCACUUAACUUAAAAUACAAGACGAUGUUGGGCGACCUUUCUUU